UGUCGGCACCAACCGGUGUAAACUUCCUUUUGAUCGUGAACAUGUCUGAGAAAAAGCGGGCUAUCGUGGUCGAUGGCAGCGGCCACCUCCUCGGCCGCCUGGCCGCGGUGGUGGCCAAGGCCCUCCUGUCGGGAGACAAGGUGGUGGUGCUGAGGUGCGAAGGCAUCAACAUCUCGGGCUCCUUCUUUAGGAACAAGCUCAAGUACAUGGCGUACCUGCGAAAGCGGUGCAACGUGAACCCGGCUCGCGGCCCGUUCCACUUCCGCGCGCCCGGCAUGAUGCUGAGGCGUGUUAUCCGGGGCAUGCUGCCACACAAGACGCGCCGCGGCGGCACGGCCAUGCUGAACCUGCGCUGCGUGGAGGGCGUGCCGCGCGAGUACCAGAAGCUGCGCCGCCACGUGGUGCCGUCGGCCAUGCGCAAGAUGCGCCUGCGCCCCGGACGCCCGUACUGUGAGCUGGGCCGCCUGGGUCACGAGGUGGGCUGGAAGUACCAGGAUGUGGUCAAGACCCUGGAGGCCAGGCGCCGCGUCAGGGAUCACGUCUACGCCAGGAAGAUCGCCCUGCAGAAGAAACUGAAGUCACGCGUUUUGAAGCAGGUUUCAAAACAGAUCGCGCCCAUCGACAAGGAGCUGGCUGAGCUGGGGUGCGUUGUGUAAUGUCACCAAUACAAGCCCUCAAGUGUG